UGAACAAUUUGUCAAAUACGUCAUUUUGAUUACAUGUACGUAUAUUUCUUGUUGAACAUAUUUUUGUAUUAAUGGGUGAAGAAUUGACUGACGAGCAACUUACUGAGAUAAAAGAGGCCCAUCUUGCGUACGACAAAACUGGUGAUGGAGUCAUACGCAGAACGGAUCUUCAGAAAGCCAUGCACAAGUUGGGUCUAAAUCCGACGGAGGCUGAAGUACUCAGCCUGGUUUAUGCAAUUGAUAAGGAAAACACUGGUUUUAUACCGUUAGCUGAGUUCAUCGAAGCCAUGACGCCUUUGUUAAUAACUUUUCCUGACGAAGAAAGCUUAACCGACGCUUUUAACGUGUUCGAUAAAGACGGUACAGGUUAUAUAAAAUUUAGCCAGUUGAAACAAGUGAUGGUAAAUCUAGGAGAAAUUGUAUCCGAUGAGGAUAUGGAGAUUAUGAUUAAGGAAGCCGAUUUAGAUGGAGAUGGGAAAAUCAAUUUCGAUGAAUUUGUAGCUCUAAUGCGACCGAACUAAUAGCUGCUAUUGUACCUAGUUCUUUUGCUUUAUAUUAAUAAUAGGAUCGCAUUAAAAAAACUAAUUGCGUUAGUUGCCUUUUAUAAAAAAGGGAAUAUUUGCAGUUAACUACGAAUAAUAAAUUAGAAUUAAUUAAUAUUAUUUCUAAUUUGGACGUGCAUUAAGUAGGAAUAACAAAUACAGCAGAAUCAAAAACAAGCAAAAACUAUUAAAGGAUCAAUAAAGGAUAAUUAAGCGCCGUAAAAAGGUAAAUGUUCCAGGCGUUUUUUUAAAAAAUUACUCUCUGCAAGCUGUCAAUGUUUUUGUCUAUGAGUUCGUAACUGGACUCUUCCUAAAGCAUUGAAUUACUGUGUCAUCAAAAAUGCUGUUUUCAUUAUUUAAACAGUUAACUUAUAUGUUUAGCUCACAUAAUCCUAAGCUAGUAGGAAAGUAAUUUAAAAAAUACUCGAAGCAUUUAAUGUUUCAUUAGGGCAUUUAAUUAGCAUUUAAUGAGCAUUUAAUUACCGUGUGACCAAAAACGCUGUUUUCAUUAUAAACAGUUUUUCAGCUUAUAUGUAUCGCUCACUUAAUCAUAAGUUAGUAGGAUGGUAAUUAAAAAAUCCCGGUGCAUUUAAUUUCUCAUUAGGGCAUAUAAUGAGCAUUUAAUUGCUCUGUGAUAAAAAACUCUUUUUUCACUAUUUAAGCAGUUUUUCAGCUUAUAUGUACCGUUUACGUAAUCAUAAGUUAGUAGGAUGGUAAUUAAAAAAAUCCCGUAGCAUUUAAUUUCUCAUUAGGGCAUAUAAUGAGCAUUUAAUUGCUCUGUGAUCAAAAACGCUGUUUUCACCAUUUAAACGGUUUUUCAGCUUAUAUGUUUUGCUCAUUUAAUCUUAAGCUAGUAGGAAGGUAAUUUUAAAAAAUUUCUCGGCGCAUUUAAUUUCUCAUUAGAGCAUUUAAUUAGCAUUAAUUGUCGAUGUGUUUGCGUUUAAUUCUGCCGAUUUGGUUCUUAUUCCUACCUGUAACCUUUUCUUUGGCUGUUUGUAACGGACUGAAAAUCGCUUUUAAAGAAAAAUAAUCUAUUAAACAAUUCGUUACCUUGACGACAUAUGUAUGAAUAAAUAAUUAUUUUGCU